AUGGAUAAUUUAUUUUUUAAAGUUUGGAGAAAUUUAGUAAUUAAUAAUAAUAUUUUUAGAUAUGUUUAUUUAUAUAAAAAAAAUAGAGUUUUACUAGUUUCCAAUCAAUUAAAUAAUUUAUUAAAUAAUAUUGAAAUCGAUUAUGCUUUUAAAUUAAUAAUAAAAGCCAAUAUAAUAUCAUUAUCUCUUACUAAUAUCAGAUCAAUACAUAUUUUAGAUUUAAAAAAUACAAUAAUUAAAAAUUUUUUAAUUAAAUCUGAUAAAAUUGAAACCAUAAUUUUACCAAAUACAGCAAAUUUAAAAUUAAUUAAAUAUUUACCAAAAUCUACAAAAUCAUUGUCAUUUUUUAUUAAUAUUGGAAAUAAUGGGAGUGAAUAUUUUAAAAAUAGAAAAUUAAAAAUAUUUAAAAAGAAUAAUACAAUCGAAAAAAUUCAAUUGAGUUUUAAUACUGGUUGUAAAUUAGAAAUUGGUUCCCCAGACAUUUAUGAUAUUCAACCAGUUAUAAUUAAAAAAAAUUCAUUUCCAAAAUCACUAGAGAAACUAAUAAUAGUUACACCAUUAUCAAGAUAUUUUAAUUCUAAUUUUUUUUAUAACACAAACAUUACAUAUCUUCACUUUCACAAUAUUUUAAGAGACAAAUUUACAAUAAAAAAAAAUUAUUUACCAAAAUGUUUAAAAGUAUUAAAAAUAUCAGCAAUUAAAAUUAAAAGUUGGGGUAUUAUUUUCAAAUUCUGCUCAAAUUCAUUACCCCAAGGACUUCAUACUCUUAUCAUUCAAACAAAUUAUUGUUGGAUAAAGAAAAACAUUAAUAUUAUAAACUUCUUUCCACCAUCAUUAUUUAAAUUAAAUAUUUAUGUUGAAAAUUUUUUUAAAUAUUAUAAAUCAUUUUAUUACAUAUCUUCAUUGUUGAUUUUUAAUAGAUUCAUUUUAAAAAAUGAGUUAAAUCAAUAUAAAUCUCAAAAUAUAUAUAAUAAUAAUAAUAAUAAUAAUAAUAAUAAUAAUAAUAAUAACAAUUCAUUAUUAAAAUCAAUAUUUCCAGAUAAUUUAAUUAAAUUAAAUAUACAAUGGACUUUUGAAAAUGAUCUUUUAUUUUUACCAAAAUCAUUAACAUCUCUUUCAUUUUUAAAUUCUGAUAGAAAUGUUUUUGAAAUAAAAACAGCAUUUAAUACAUUUAAAGAUUUAAUAGAAACAAAUAAAUUACCACAAACUUUAAAAAAACUAAAAUUAUCUUAUAAAGAUAUUUAUUUAAAAUUUAAAAAAGAUAAAAUCGAUUUUUCAAAUCUUCCAAAAUCACUUGAAAAAUUAUAUUUCUAUGAUUAUAAAAAACCUAAAACUGAUUCUUGUUUAAGCCAUUAUCAUGAAAAACCAAAAUUUCAAGGCAAAAUUUAUCAAUAUAUAAAUAGCGAUGCUAAUAUAAUAGGAUUAAAACAAAAUCAAACCCAUAUAAAUUAUUUAGAAAUUAGUGAAUUAUGUUUUAUAAAAUAA